AGAAGAGGGGCACGAUCCCAAGAUCCUCUUACGGAAACUGAUCCCAGCCAGAUGGAGACAAGGGGAAGGGCUGCUUAAAUAAGUGGUCUUUUGAAAGCAACAACUGUUUUCUGCAUUGAAGAAAAGCAAGGGCAGGGUUCAGAAAGACUGAAUGUAAAGCUGGGCUCCGAGUCUGCCAUGCCCUUCGUGUGUUGCUCUGCACAUUAAUUAAAGGGUCUACAAGGUCAGCAAGGACGCCCAAGAAGACUCAGUCAUGAAAGGUGAACUGCUCCUGUUUUCCAGUGUGAUUGUCCUGCUCCAGGUGGUAUGCAGCUGCCCGGACAAGUGUUACUGUCAGUCAUCUACAAAUUUUGUAGACUGCAGCCAGCAGGGUCUGGCCGAAAUCCCUUCCCAUUUACCUCCUCAGACUCGAACGCUGCAUUUACAAGAUAAUCAGAUACACCAUCUUCCUGCUUUUGCAUUUAGGUCAGUGCCAUGGCUCAUGACCUUAAACUUGUCCAACAAUUCCCUUUCAAAUCUGGCCCCUGGAGCUUUCCAUGGGCUUCAGCACUUGCAGGUUUUAAAUCUAACCCAGAAUUCACUCCUUUCCCUGGAAAGCAGACUUUUCCAUUCCCUCCCUCAGCUGAGGGAGCUUGAUUUGUCAUCAAACAACAUAAGCCACCUUCCCACAUCCUUGGGAGAGACUUGGGAGAACCUAACUAUACUUGCGGUUCAACAAAACCAGCUUCAGCAGCUUGAUCGAGCGCUCCUGGAAUCCAUGCCCAGUGUGAGGCUUUUAUUUCUCAAGGACAACCUCUGGAAAUGCAAUUGCCACUUGCUCGGUCUUAAACUCUGGCUGGAGAAAUUUGUCUAUAAAGGGGGAAUAACAGACGGCAUCAUCUGUGAAUCACCAGACACCUGGAAGGGAAAGGACCUCCUUAGGAUCCCUCAUGAGCUGUACCAGCCCUGCCCUCUUCCUGCUCCUGAUCCAGUGUCCUCGCAGGCUCAGUGGCCCGGCUCUGCCCACGGUGUGGUCCUGAGGCCUCCUGAGAACCACAAUGCGGGGGAGCGAGACCUCUUGGAGUGCGAGCUCAAACCCAAGCCAAGGCCGGCCAACCUGCGUCAUGCCAUUGCCACUAUCAUCAUCACUGGCGUUGUGUGUGGGAUUGUGUGUCUCAUGAUGUUGGCAGCUGCCAUCUAUGGCUGCACCUAUGCGGCAAUCACAGCCCAGUAUCAUGGGGGACCCUUGGCUCAAACCAAUGAUCCUGGGAAGGUGGAAGAAAAAGAGCGAUUUGACAGCUCACCAGCCUGAGAGCUUUUGUCUCAAAUAGGAUUGGUCAUUGCAGGCCAGAAGAUAGUGUCUGAGUAGGGCUGAUGUGUUUCCUGUUAGUCUCAUUUUGCUUUUGCCAAAAGACAAAAAAAAAAAAAAAAAGAUGUGUCUGUAAAAAAUAUUUCCGGGGAGGAAUUUAUGUUGCGAUUUUUAAAAUACUAUAGGUAAAAUAGAGAUGAUACUUGUGCUCUGG